AGGCGGCCUCCUUCGCUGCGCGUCAACAGCACCGCGACCCUGGCGGAGCUCGAAGACUCCGGCCUGGAGCGCGAUGGGCACCGCGGCCUCGACGCCCACGGCGCCGGCGGGGGGUCCGGCGGACUUGCGCGCGCGCGGCGCGCGGGCGACCUGGAGACGAAGAGCAGUGGGUGGUGCAAGGACUGGCUGCCCGGACAAGGUGGACCCCGACCGCGAGAUGCACUCGGAAGGAAAGAGAUGGUCUACGAGCACCCCACGGAGCCCAUGGUGGCGAAGCCGCCCAUGGGCCUGAAGACUACGACGCCCCGGCCCCAGGACCCGACGCGAGGUCCUCGGGGAGGAGCGGCGCCGCCGAGCAGCUGCUGGGCCCGCGGUCGCGGAGGAGGAAGCAGUCCAAGGAGGUCCGGCGCGCCGAGCGCACCCGCGAGCCGGCCCUCCACCGUGUUCCGGUAGGGCGAGGUGCCCGCCCUGCGAGCCAGGCGGGCACGCGCGGCGCGCCGGGCCCUCGCGAGGCGCCCUCGGCAGGGCGCAGGGCGCGGACACGCUCGGGAUGGCCGCGCUCGCCGCGGCCGCCCCUCCCCCCCUUCGGCGCGUUCGCGCACCCGAGAGCGGCGCUGACGCUGGCAUGCGGCAGGCGCCUGCCUGCCCCGCCACGCCGUCAUUGGACCAGCACCGCUGCACGGCUUCGGCCAGAGCCUUCAGGAAA